AUGGGGAAUUGUUCUGCAAAAGGUGUUGCUGUAGCUGAAUGUCCCAAUCCCAACUCUAUCCGGAUUAUGACAGAUUCCGGUAGCAUUAUAGAGUUUGAAGGUCCUAAAUUUGUCGGAGAAGUCAUCAGUGGCUUCCCCGGUUAUGGCAUUUUUGGGCAAGGUCACAUAUCAUCGCGAUUACUUGACCACGAACAACUUCGUGGUGGUCGGUUUUACUAUCUUCUCCCACUUGGGGAGACGACAUUGGCUCAUCACAGAGAGGAAGCUAGAGGCCUGAAAAAGGCGUCAGUAAGGACAGCGCAUCCGCUGGACGUAAUUACCAACAUGAAAAACGGAUUGGCUGUUGAGGUCCUGCCGCCACCGCAGAAGGGUGUUUGGAGAGUGAAGUUGGUGAUUGAUACGAAACAAUUGGAGGAAAUUUUGUCAGAAGAGGUUAAUACGGAGGCAUUGAUUGAGCAAAUGAGACUGGCUGCAACUUCGUCUAGUGUUACACCCAAGAGGACAAAGAUCGGUUGUGGACAAGGGGGAUUUCGGAUUUACCGCUAUAUUAUUGCAGGCACAUUCUUCUUGAAGGAUGACCAUUGGUCAUUUGGCAAGCUUAUUCCUAGAGACCAAUAG